AUGCUGGGCGACAACCUGCCACCACCCGCUGAGGUGGUGGCGCUCUACAAGCAGAACAAUAUUGGCCGCAUGAGGAUCUUCUUCCCUACCAAGGACGUCCUUCAGGCCCUGCGGGGCUCCAACAUCGACCUCAUCAUGGACGUCCCAAGAGAACACUUGCAGGGUAUUGCCUCCUCGGCUGCCACGGCCUCUGACUGGGUCCAGCGUAAUGUCUUGGCUUACUGGCCGGACGUCAGGCUACGCUACAUUGGCGUCGGAAAUGAGCUCAUCCCCGGAAAGACGGAGGCCCAGUACGUCCUCCCCGCCAUGCAGAACAUCUACAACGCGCUCUCUUCUGCCGGCCUCGCGAAUCAGAUCAAGGUUUCGACGGUCGUCGACAUGGGAAUUCUCGGACAAUCUUAUCCCCCUUCGGCCGGCAAGUUCACCGCCAGCUCUAAGCGUUUCCUGACGCCCAUCGUGGGGUUCCUAACGCGCACCGGGGCGCCGCUACUGGCCAACGUCUACCCGUACUUCUCUUACAUCGGCAACAAGAGGGACAUCUCGCUCGACUACGCCCUCUUCACCUCCUCGGGCACCGUCGUCACCGACGGGCGCUUUGCCUACAAGAACCUGUUCGACGCCAUUCUCGACUCCGUCCACGCUGCCCUCGAGGAGAUCGGCGCGGGCGGCUUGAAAGUCGUCGUUUCGGAGAGCGGCUGGCCGUCGGCGGGCGGCGACACCGCUACCAUCCACAACGCCCGGACCUACAAUCAGAACUUCAUCCGCCACGCGCCGCAAGGGACGCCGAGGAGGCCGGGGAGGCCCAUCGAGGCUUACAUAUUCGCGAUGUUCAACGAGAACAAAAAGCCUCAGGGCACGGAGCAGAACUUCGGGCUGUUCUACCCCAAUAAGCAGCCCGUCUACCCAAUCAGCUUCUAG